AUGGUGCAAAGUAUCGGAAUUAUGAACCUGACCAAGUCCAGCUUGGAGGCCCUGAACAGAAACGAAAUGCUCGCCAAAAAGAGCAAUAGGAAAAUUGUGAAGAACUGCAUGUACGCAAUUCUAACAUUUGUAAUGUGCGGUGUAGUGUACAUAUGCUUUACUACGAUGUCGAGAAAUGAUGGGAGGCAUUACCAGAGCAGCAACCUGAAAGGUCCUUAUUUCAUCCCUGGUGAUGGAAAUAUCCUCAGCAAGGCUGAAAUAGAAACCCUGAAAUUAAUCUUUUCAAAAUACCCUCAAGGGGAUAAAGAUGUAGCCGGUAAUGAUGUGGGAACACUAGCAAAUGGCGCCAUACCUAAUGAACAAGAUGAAAAGAUAAAAAUUGCAGACGCCGGAAAGCACAUCAAAUUGAUGAAGAAGUAUAACGAAAUUGCGGCCGACAUGAGUGAGCAGAACAGAGAACAGUUAGCAAAAAUGUUAAAGGAACUGUUGAAAAAAAAAAUAAAUGAGAAUAAAAAAAAAAGAAAUGACCUAAAUGGUAAUGGUGAAGAAGGAAAAGAAGAUAUCCAUAUGAGCUUGACCAAAUUAAAUGACAACAGAGGAGUCGGCCCCAACGACGAUGAUAAUGACGACGACGAAGAGUUGAGCGUGGAGCAUAUCGAAGGUCUAUUCAUGAACCUGAAAUACGCGUCGAAAUUUUUUAAGUUCAUGAAGAAGUAUAACAGAAGCUAUAAAGACACCACUGAGCAGAUGGAGAAAUAUGAAAAUUUCAAAAUGAACUAUCUCAAAAUUAAGAAGCACAACGAAACGAACCAAAUAUACAAAAUGAGAAUAAACCAGUUUGGUGAUUAUUCUAAGAAAGAUUUUCAGAGUUAUUUUAAAAAAUUGCUUCCCAUCCCUGAAGACUUGAAGAAGAAAUAUGUAGUGCCUUUCGGUUCUUUGCAUAACGAAAAAGGUAGAAAAAUGGAUAGCAACAAAUAUGCAAACCCUAUUAACGAUAUGCCCGAUAUAUUGGACUACAGAGAAAAAGGAAUUGUACAUGAACCCAAGGAUCAAGGACUAUGUGGUUCGUGCUGGGCAUUUGCCAGUGUAGGAAAUGUUGAAUGCAUAUAUGCCAAGGAACAUGAAAAAACCAUUUUAACUUUGAGUGAACAAGAAAUUGUAGAUUGUUCAAAAUUAAAUUUCGGUUGUGAUGGUGGACACCCAUUUUAUUCAUUCAUUUAUGCCAUCGAAAAUGGAAUAUGCUUAGGAGCAGACUAUAAAUAUAUGGCUAAGGAUAAUUUGUUUUGUCUGAAUUAUAGAUGUAAGAACAAAAUCAACCUUUCCUCUGUUGGUGGGGUCAAAGAAAACGAAUUGAUACGUGCAUUAAAUGAAGUAGGUCCAGUGUCUGUCAAUGUCGGUGUGACGGAUGAUUUCACCUUUUACGAUGGAGGUAUAUUCAAUGGCACAUGUACAGAAGAAUUAAACCACUCUGUUCUUCUGGUCGGUUAUGGCCAAGUGCAGACCAGCAAAAUUUUUGAACACAAUAAUAUUUAUGAUGAUGCCACUGGAGUCACGAAAGAGGGAGCGCUAGCUGCGCCAAAGGCCGAUGAUGGUAUUCAGUACUACUGGAUUAUCAAAAAUUCGUGGAGUAAAUAUUGGGGAGAAAACGGAUUCAUGAGACUUAGUCGAAACAAGGCGGGAGACAACGUGUUUUGUGGAGUUGGUGUUGAAGUUUUCUACCCAAUUUUGUAA